CACACCCUCCAUCGCCAGCUCUACCCCUUCGACUUCCUCGACGACCUCCGCUCUUCCCCCUUCUUUGGCAUCUCACAACCUAUGAGCCAAUCAUCGCACUCUCCCAAGGCCUCCGUCGCGUCCCCGUCCGACCCCUCGGACGCUGCGGAGCGUACCUCUCCCGAGAUCCCGCCCUCGUCCAACAGCGGGCUCAGCUCGUCCAGCGCUGCGUCCGACGACUCAGCUGGUCAUCAGUGCCAGUGGGUUGGCUGCGACAAGGCCCUCCCCGAUCCCGAGUCGCUCUACAAUCAUCUAUGCAACGACCAUAUAGGCCGAAAGUCGACCGGCAACCUGUGCUUGACAUGCAAAUGGAAAGACUGCGGCACAACGUGUGCCAAGCGCGACCACAUCACAAGUCACCUCAGAGUGCACACCCCUCUCAAACCGCACGUCUGUGAUAUAUGUAAGAAACCGUUCAAGCGACCCCAGGACCUGAAGAAGCACGAGAAAAUACACACAGAAGAACAUCACGCGCAACACAAGCACUCCAAGGCCAUCACCGUUUCCGACCCUACCUACUCAUCGCGCGUGCGUGGCGAGGGCGACAAGCCGCAUAGCAUCGCUCCGCCGGCUGAGCAGCACCACGGAUCCGCCGCGCGUGCGAAAUCUUCAUCCGUACCCCUGUCGGACAGCUCAUCAGGUGCUGACUUUGGGGUGCUACCCACACCCUCGCCAGAGCUCGACUACGCUCGGGAGGUUGCAGCCGCCCAUGGGAGAAAUCAUAUGUACCGUGUCCAGUCACAACUCCCUACAUGGGAAGUGCUUGCAGAGGACGUCCAAAACCGAAGCGCCCCUGUUAGCGGCUCAAAGCGCAGCUAUGAUUACACCGUGGACGAGUUCUUUGCAGAUGUCAAGAAGCGACGCGUUACUCCUGCAUACGAUCCCCAUAUGGCAGCACGACUGAGCAAUCUUGCCUACCAGCAGUCGCUGAGUUCGGCCACGAGCGGUGGACCGCCUCCCACCUCGAUGUCACAGGGACCUUCUUUCCCCCCUCGUUCCGUUUCGUUCGACAUCCGUACACCAGAAGAGCUCGCCGCAGUCAACGAGUUCCUGAUAACUCUCGGCCGCGACGUUGCGGGAGCUGCCGCGCAUCCGCGGCACCAGCACUCCCAUUCCGUCCCCCACGCUAACAUAGACGAGGCAUCAUUCUUCGACCCUGCGAAUCUUGCCCAGCUCGGGCUCGCAGGCAUGCCUGGGAUGCCUUCUGCCCCUGGGCCGGGUUCCGGUGCGAGCUAUCAUGGCGAUUCUGGAUUCAUCCCCAUCAACGAGUUUUCGCACCAUGGGCCUUCGUCGUACGCGAGCAGGUCAUCUCAGCACUCCAUUCAGUCUGUACAGUUUGGGCUCUAUCCCUCUGCGCAAGACAUCGGUCCCGGCGCCGCGUUCCCAUACACCACGAACCGUUUCCGUGCGCAGCGUGCUUCUGCGACAGACGAACACCUCUCCCUCGGCGGCCUUCCCCAGUUUCACGGGCAAUCCUAUUCUGCUCAAAAUUACUCGCACUAUCUCACGCCCCCUCUCGACAUGGGCGGGAGCGCCGGCGCGUCGCCGCUUUCCUCGCACUCUGGCAUGUCCACUCCUCCGCAUUCAACGCCUCCGCAUAUCCCCCUUACGGUCUCCCCGGAGAGCGCCGCAGCUUUCGACUUCGUGCGUACUGGCCGUGCGCCGCCACCGGUACAGCUUGCGCCUGUCGACUACAGCGCGAAGAACAUGCGCACCGUCAUCCCUCUGAGGAGCGCGGGUCCGUCGAGCUCCGCCUCACCUGCGUCCAGCUCGUGUUCGACCCUCGCGACCCGCCCAGAGCCCGUGGAGCCAAAGCUCGGCCGCGUGGGCCACAUCGGUCUCCCCGCGCGCCUCACCGCCUCUGCGGCGUCUUCGCUCCCUUCGGUGUCCUCGAUUGCGCCCAGCGAGAGCAGCCCGCUCUACCCGCUCCUCACGUCUGGCGACGAGCAAUUCAAGCUGCCGCCUCUCGCAAGCCGCUUCCACACGCCGUCGCCCUCGUCUGUACCAGCCGCGCCUUCGCGCGAGCCUACGGUCUCGCCGACUCUAUCGACGUCGACGCUCACGGCACACAGGAGCCCCUCGCCCAUCUCGGAAGACUCGACGCCCUCGCCUCCGCCGCAACGCUACGCUUCGCCGCCCCCGACGUACGCGUCUCUGUCGAUUGAGAAGGAGAGGGAGAGGGAGAAGGAUGUCGCGUACCCUGUCCUGCCGCCCAUCAGCGCGCUCGCGCCGUCAUAUGGCUCGCGCGACGCCAUCGCACAGCACCAGGAGGAGCUCGCGCGGGGCGUGGGCAAGAUCGAGCUCGAGGGCCGGAGCGGGAAGGCGCCGAUCACGCCGGAGGAGAGGCGGAGGCACGCAGCGCUGUUGCGGGACUUGCUGGUGACGAUCAACAUGGAGUACAGGAGGCGGCAUGGGACUCCCCCAGCUGUGUCGAUGGCAGCGUCUUCGGGGAUGGCUGCAGAGGUUACGGUGAAGGAGGAGCCGAGGGGCGUCGAGAGGGAGUUGAGGGAUGUCGAGAUGAUCACUGUCUGAGGUGGGAGGUACGGUUGGACUCUGGGCUCUUUUCGGUCGAUAUGUCGGACAUUGGGAUGGGGCGCGUACUGAAGUUAAACGGAUCGUAUGUAUGUAUGUUUCCUUCGUUGUUGUACUUGUACCUUGUUCCGAGUGUGCGAUGGGUGUCGGUUCACUGGCUGUCAGAUAGGCUCAAAUGAACUGAUAUCUAUAAGGACUGCCUUUAUAGCAGCAUAGACAUUUUUGUUGUACUCACAAUAUAUCGGACAUACACGCGCCACACUGGC